AACGUCCCCCGCCACUUUGACGUGACCAUCAUCCAUCACCAUCACCAUCACAAAUCGAAGGACCCCACUCUCACUACACCACACCACACCACACCACACCGAACCCAUUCACCUUCUUCUUCUUCUUCUUCUUCUUCUUCUUCCUCUUCUUGUUCUUCUAGGAUGAACAAAAGACCCAGACCCUACGCCAACAAGGCUCUUCCCGAUCUCUGGAAUCGCGAACUCGGCGAGCUUCCCGCCCGGAGUUUCCCUCACCGUCUCGGCGGCUCCGAGGAUCUUGUGCUUCGACUUGAACAGUUCACGAAGCUGGAAAAGCACAGAGGUUGUGUGAACACUGUAAGCUUCAAUGCAGAUGGUGACAUUCUGGUGUCGGGUUCUGAUGACAGGAGGGUUAUUCUCUGGGACUGGCAAACUGGGAAAAUUAAGCUGUCUUUCCAUUCUGGUCACCAGAACAAUGUUUUCCAGGCAAAGAUGAUGCCUCACUCCGAUGAUCGAAGCAUUGUCACUUGUGCUGCGGAUGGACAGGUGAGACAUGCUCAAAUUCUUGAACAAGGAAAAGUGGAAACCAAGUUAUUAGCCAAACAUCAAGGACGGGCUCAUAAAUUGGCUAUUGAGCCUGGUAGCCCUCAUAUAUUUUAUACCUGUGGCGAGGAUGGAGUGGUACAGCAUUUUGAUCUGAGAACUGGGGCUGCAACAGAACUUUUUACAUGCCAGCCAAUCAAUGAUCGAUGGACUUACAUGCCAGUAAUCCAUCUUAAUGCAAUUGCAAUUGAUCCAAGGAACCCAAAUCUCUUUGCAGUUGCUGGGUCUGAUGAGUAUACUCGACUUUAUGAUAUCCGCAAGUACACGUGGGAUGGAUCAACUGAUUUCGGUCAGCCGACCAACUUCUUUUGCCCUCCACACUUGAUUGGGGAUGAGCGAGUGGGAAUAACAGGCUUGGCCUUUUCUGAACAAAAGGAGCUUCUUGUGUCCUACAAUGAUGAGUUCAUUUACCUUUUUACACAUGAUAUGGGUUUGGGACUGAACCCUGCUGCUCCCGGGUCCCCUGUCUCAUUGAAUAGUGAUGCAAGUGAAAUGGGAGGUAGUCAUGGAUCUGCGGCAUCUCCAUCAAACAUGGAUUCUGAUGAGAAAAUCACCCCGCAAGUUUUUAAGGGACACAGGAAUUGCGAGACAGUAAAGGGUGUUAACUUUUUUGGACCUAAUUGUGAGUAUGUAGUGAGUGGAUCAGACUGUGGUCGGAUUUUCAUUUGGAAAAAGAAAGGUGGUCAGCUUGUUCGUGUCAUGGAAGCAGAUAAGCAUGUUGUGAACUGCAUUGAGUCUCAUCCUCAUACAAUGGUUCUUGCAAGCAGUGGUAUUGAACACGACAUCAAGAUAUGGACUCCAAAGGCCCUUGAGAAAGCUACUUUGCCCAAAAAUAUUGAGCAGGUUCCCGUGUUUGAUCAAAUUCAUUGGUUUACCAUUCAUGGUGAUGAUGAUGACGACGACGAAGACGAUGAUGACAAUAUGUUUGAUGAUGAUAUGUUUGAUGAUGAUGAUGAUGAUGAUGAUGAUGAUGAUGAUGAUGAUGAGGAGGAGGAGGAGGAGGAGGAGGGGGAGGAGGGGUUGGAGGAGGAUGCUGACAACGGUUGUGAGGAUGAUGAUUGUAUGGAUGAUUUUGGCAAUGAUUGUAAUGAUGAUGACAAUAUUGGUGUUGGUGACGAUAAUAAUGAUGAAAAUGGCAACGAUGAUAGUUUUUCUGGUGGUUUGUAAUGAUGAAAUUGAUGAAAAUUUUGUGUGUCCAACAGAAACCCAGGGCUAGGGGCUGGAUGUACCAGAUGGCUUCUCCAGAAGACCUGAUGUUGCAACUGUUUUCACUUCCAAGACGGAGGCCUAGGACAAAUCACAAUCCAGAUAGCUCAACUACUGACCGAGAACUUCUGGAGAUGAUA